ACAGCCACUCAACAGAGGAAGACAGAAAAAGGACGAAGAGUUUGAGUGACUGGAUAAAACUGGUGACACGGAUCACAGAUUGACUGACAGCAGCCUCGUAUCUACUGCAAACACCGAGUGCUGCUUCCUGCCUUCUCCUGCAGGCCGACAUGAGGAAGAAAAAACAGCGACAGCCCAGAAAACCCAGAAAAAAAGAGCCUGGAAAUGUUUCGAUGGACAAAACCUCCGAGGCCUUCGGGUCCGACAGGCCGCAGUUCGAGAGCUUCCUGGCGGAGAUGGUGCGGUGGUUUUCGGACCGUCAGCAGCAGGUGGACGAGCUGUUCAGCCACAGCGACACAGACAGAAGUGGAUCAGUCAACCUUAAGGAUUUCGAGCUGGGUCUGAUGAACCUGGGCGUCCCCUGUCAGCAGUUUCAGCUCCACGCGCUGACUCAGCAGCUGCAGAACGCCAACGACACCGUCAGUUAUCGAGACCUGAGCCGACAAAUACAGAAACUGAGCGACGGCACAGAGACCAACACUCAGAUAUCAGAGGACAGAUGUUCUCCACAUCAGCCAUUAAACCCUGAAAAAGACAGGUUCGUCCGUCUGAGCGUCAGACUGAUCCCCUUCGACUCCGCCGCAGCCCAUCCAGGGAACUUCGAGGUGGUUUUGUCGAGCAGCAGCAGAGUUUUCAGUGUGAUGAGAAUAAUCCGGGAUCGGGUCGGGAUCCAAACCUCCAGGCUGGAGGUUUUCCGGAGCAGCGUGCCCACAGAGGAGGCCCGUCUGCCCCCGGAGAGCUCCCUGGAGGAGUGUGGCUUUAAAGGAGGGCCAGAGGGAAGUCCUCCAGAGGACACCGUGUACUACGACUACACGCUGCUGUUUACAGACUGUCCACUCCUCAACUGUGACCAUUACUUCAGGUCAACUGAAGACUCUGCAGCCAGGAGGAGGAGGAGGAGGAGGAGCCCUCGUCCAUAAACAUCACUGUUUUUAGCCAUGUUAGCAUUGUGGUAGCAUUGUGGUUCAGACUGAAAUAUCUCACAUGGAUUUUCAUUAUCAGGAUGAAACUGUAAUAACUUUAGUUUUAGCUUCCCUUCUGGUAAAGUAGUAUAACAUUUAAAUCCUCACGUAAAGUAAAAGUACUUUAUUUAUUUUGUGUUGAUUCUGGCGCCCCCUGUGGACAGAAGUGGUAGUGUUUGUACACCAGUGGCAUUAAAACCUAUAAAGAAACAGCC